UUUUUGUAUACAUUUCAAUACAGAUAUCUAUAUUCAAAUUAAAAAUAUGUCUUAAGUAUUUAUGUUAUUUAAAAAAUUCUUAAAUCAUAAUGAGAAUUUAAUAUUAAUUAAGUCCAUAACAAUUUUUCAUAAGUUAAUACAAACUACAUUUGUUGGCAAUAUUUAGAAGAAAAAAUUAUGAUGCAUCGUAGUAUUGGAAAGAGAAUUCGUAUGGAUGAUCCACCUCCAAUGGAUUAUGAUAUCCCAGAAACUCCUGGAAGCUCUAUACAUCCAAGUCCAAUGACACCUAGUAGAUCUGAUUACCAAGAACAUUAUAAUCCAUAUGCCAAUUAUCAUAAUGUUCAAACACCAAGAUCGGAAGUUUUUGGUUUGGAGCAGUAUCAUGAACCUGCAGAAAAUAAUUAUGAUCAAUCUCAAAUAUUGCACCAACCACAAUCUAUUAUGACAUAUGGUGCAUCACAUUCACCAUCUAUCCAUGAUGAAUUAAAUAUACAACAUCAAAUGCCUGUUCAUGAUGCAAUGUCCAAUUUACAAUUAGAAAAUCAAAUACCUUCUACAAGUGGUAAUGAUGAUCAAAUAGGCAAUGUUCGAAUGACAAGAGCAAGAACUAGAGGAGUAACAUAUCCACCUCAAAGAAAUGUUACUUUAUCUCCAUCACCUCCACCAGAAAAAAAACCUGAAAAACGUAGACCAGGUAGACCACCUGGUAGACCCCCUGGAUCUAAAAAGCAAGUAGUUCAAGUACCAUUAGUUGAUAUACAAUUAGAAAAUGAUGGAACUCUGUAUGGAACCAUUAGAAAUGGUCGUGUUUCUCUACAAGUUGUUGUUGAUGACUGGAUUGAACAAUAUAAAAUUAAUAAAGAUGAAGCCCUUCUUGUUUUGAUGCAGUUUUUUAUAAAUGCUGCUGGAUGUAAAGGUGUUAUUACUUCAUCAAUGACAGAAAAUAUGGAACAUGCAGCAAUUAUAAGGAAAAUGACUGAAGAAUUUGAUGAAGAAAGUGGAGAGUAUCCACUCAUAAUGAGUGGUAUUCAAUGGAAAAAAUUUCGUUCAAAUUUUUGUGAUUUUGUUGCUCAAUUAGUAAAACAGUGUCAGUACUCUAUCAUUUAUGAUCAAUAUCUUAUGGACAAUAUGAUUUCCCUUUUAACUGGACUGUCAGAUUCACAAGUUAGAGCUUUUAGACAUACAGCUACACUUGCAGCUAUGAAAUUAAUGACAGCAUUGGUGGAUGUUGCAUUAAUUGUGUCUGUUAAUCUUGAUAAUACUCAACGUCAGUAUGAAGCAGAACGUCAGAAAGCUCGAGAUAAAAGAGCAAGUGAUCGACUAGAAACACUGAUGUCUAAAAGACAAGAACUUGAAGAAAAUAUGGAUGAAAUUAAAAAUAUGUUAACAUACAUGUUUAAAUCAGUUUUUGUUCACAGAUAUAGAGACACAUUGCCUGAAAUAAGAGCUAUAUGCAUGGCAGAAAUUGGAGUGUGGAUGAAAAAAUUUCAUCAAAAUUUUUUGGAUGAUUCUUAUUUGAAAUAUAUUGGAUGGACUUUACACGACAAAGUUGGUGAAGUUCGUUUAAAAUGUCUUCAGGCUUUACAACCUUUGUAUGCAUCUGAAGAACUUAAAAGUAAAUUAGAGCUUUUCACUAGCAAAUUUAAGGAUAGAAUUGUUGCAAUGACAUUAGAUAAAGAGUAUGACGUUGCUGUUCAAGCUGUUCGAUUAGUCAUAAGCAUUUUAAAACAUCAUCGUGAUAUAUUAUCUGACAAAGAUUGUGAACAUGUUUAUGAACUUGUAUACUCAUCUCAUCGGGCUGUUGCUCAAGCUGCUGGAGAGUUUUUAAAUGAACGUUUAUUUAAGCCUGAAGAAGAUAUGAAAACCAUUAGAACUAAACGAGGAAAGAAACGUUUACCAAAUACACCUUUAAUAAGAGAUUUAGUUCAAUUUUUCAUUGAGUCUGAAUUACAUGAACAUGGAGCUUACUUGGUUGAUUCACUAAUUGAUUCUAAUGAAAUGAUGAAAGAUUGGGAAUGUAUGACAGAUUUACUACUAGAAGAACCUGGUCUUAAUGAAGAACGGAUGGAUGACAGACAAGAAACUAGCUUAAUUGAGUUAAUGGUAUGCUGCAUUAAACAAGCAGCCACUGGAGAAGCACCUGUUGGUCGUGGCCCUAAUAGAAAAAUGAUGUCUGUUAAAGAAGUUAAAACAGUACAAGAUGAUAAACAACGUUUGACUGAACACUUUAUUAAAGUAUUGCCACCAUUGAUUGACAAGUAUAGAGCAGAUGCUGAUAAACUGAUUAACUUGCUUUCAAUUCCACAAUAUUUUGAUCUAGAUAUAUAUACUACUUCAAGACAAGAAUCUAACUUGGACUUGUUGCUGAAAAAAAUUCAUUUAGUCACUGAUAAACAUCAAAAUGAUGAAGUACUAGAAACUUGUGCUAAAACGUUAGAAAUACUCUGUUCAAAAAAUAAUUCUACUCUUGCUACUAGAUGUAGUGUACAAAAGAGUACUUUAAUGGAUACUAUUACAAAUAAACACAGAGAGGCUAUGGAUGAUUGGAAUAAUCUUAUUGAAGGGAAUGAAAAACCUGAUGAUGAUGAAAUUUACAAUGUAGUCAAUAGUAUGAAGAAACUUUCAAUUUUUUAUUCUUGUCAUAACUUAGGUCCAUGGAACCUAUGGGAUAUAAUAUUUAAAGAUUUGAAAAUGGCACAUGAAGGAACUAAACCGUUACCUGAAGAAGCAAUCAAGUAUAGUAUUUCUGCAUGUAUGUUUGCUACAAUGUGGGAUUUGCAUAGUAUAGAAAGUGUUAUUGAAAAUGGGCGGAAUGAAAAUAUUGAAGAUCAAGUAAUGCAAGUAAAAAAUAAAUUAUAUGAGUUCAUGGAUGUCUUACGAGGAAUACUAGCUCACUCAACAAAUCCUCAGUUUAAAGAAGAAGCAUAUAUAUCAAUUUGUGACUUACUAGUGGUAUUUUGUAAUCAAUUGGGAGUCAAAAAUAACUCUAUGUUAGGAAGUUUAGUUUAUGAUUCUGACAAAGAACUACAAGAUUUGUUAAAUAAUUUUAUUCAAAAAAAUGUAUUUGUUUAUGAAGAAGAAGGAGCUCAGGAUGAACACUCAAAAAUUGAAGAACUUCACAAAAGAAGAAACUUCUUAGCUUCUUACUGCAAGCUUAUUGUGUAUGGAAUGAUUCCUGUAACGUGUGCUGCUGAUAUUUUUAAACAUUAUGUAAAAUCUUAUAAUGAAUAUGGUGACAUAAUCAAAACAACUAUUGGCAAAGCACGUGAGAUUAACAAAGUAAUUUGUGCUAGAACUAUGGUAGUCAGCCUUAUCACAUCAUUUAAAGAACUACAAAUGACUUGUGGUACAUUUCGAAUAUCUCGUACUUCUCAAGAAUUCAGUAGCUUAAAGGAAUUAGCCAAAAGAUUUGCAUUAUCAUUUGGUUUAGAUGCAUUAAAAAAUCGUGAAGCAAUGGCAGCUUUACACCGUGAAGGUGUAUUAUUUGCUGUAGGUACAGAUGAAGGUAUAGUUCAAGAAGAUCCUUCUGUACCACCACCUCAUGUUGCUUUUUUGGAAAUACUUGCUGAGUUUACUAAUAAACUGUUAAAGCAAGAUAAACGCAUUGUCCUUAAUUACUUAGAUAAACACAUAACAUCAGCUGUACCAUCAAGUCGCAGUGAAGACUGGCAACCUUGGGUAAUUUAUAGAAAUAGCUUAAUGCAUGGUGAUGCAGAACCAGGUCCUGUAACAUCUCGUAGAGCUUACACUCGUCGAAAUAAAAAAGAAACUUAUGACGAUGAUGAUGAGGAGGGCUCUGAUCAAGAAUUUGGAUCUCCUCCAGUCGUUCAAAAUGAAACUCCAGUGAAAAAGAAAAAAUCUAAAAUAACCAAGUCGAUCACGUUUCAAGACAGUCUAGAUAUUCAGCCUAGUGACACUAGUAGUUGGUCAGAUAGUACAACUAUUGGUGGAUCCCGUCCAACACGGCAGUGUAUUAAUCGUUCCAUUCCUUAUCGAUACAUUCAAGAUGAUGAUGAAGAAGACGAGUAAACAAAAUUUUUUAAUGUAACAUGAAUGAAUGAAUCCAAAAUUAUAUACACAAUAUCGUUAUUUUGAAAACUAUCAAAAUUUCAUUUGGUUAAAAACUUUUCAUUGAAAAUCCUUAGUACAUCACUGUGACGAUUAUUAUUACUUUUUUCUUUAAUAAUAAUAACGGACGUUAGUCCAGAUUACAUUAUAAAUGUAUAAUAUUUUGAUAAAUUAAUUAUUAAAACUUUUAUAAAAUACUUGUUGAUAAAUAUAUCAACACGAUACGUAAAUAUAAACGUAUAUCUAUAUGUAAUUUAUAUGUAACUAUUAUUAGUGUUUAAUUUUUUAAUAUAAUGUAUAUCAUUUAUUAUUAUAUUUGAAGAGUUGAGUGGUUAAUAGUGUUACUGAUAGUUUAAAGUUAUUUAGGGGAGUACUUUUUCUAAAUUAUUUACAAUAAUUCUUAUAAAAUAUAACAAUUCUUAAAAUCGUUCAUUUCUAAAACACUGAUUAACAUAGUCUUAUCUUUUUAUUUAUUAUUUAAUUUGCUUAUAUUUUUUUAGUAUUUACACAAUAAAUAAAAAUUAAUAUUUGUUUUUCCAUAAAAGCUUGAUAUACUCAAUCGUACAAUUGUUUAAUUUAAUUUAAUAAUCUUAAUGUAACUAUUAAUAACCUUUAAACUUAAUAAUAAAUUAGAUAAUAUA